AUGAAGAAUCUGAGAGGCCUAUUCUUGAUGGCUUUGGGUCAAGAUUGGAUUGUCAUCUUCAUCUUUGAUAUUCGAAGAGGACUGAAUACAGUUAGGAGGAUAUGCAGAGAAUAUGAGAUUUCUGGGGUAUUUGGUCCGAUUUUUGAGUUGCUUGAUUGUGAUGAAAAGUUUUUUACUGCCGUUGAAGUUACUGCCGGAAACAGCUUAUUUCACGUGGUGGUUGAGAAUGAUGGAAUAUCAACCCAAAUAAUUCGACAUCUUAAUGCACAGAAAGGUGGAAGAGUUACAUUUAUUCCAUUGAACAGGGUGAAGGCUCCACAAGUUGCUUAUCCAGAGAGUUCUGAUGUGAUACCUCUUUUAAAGAAAUUGAGAUUCUCUCGUGAUUAUACUCCAGCAUUUGCCCAGGUAUUUGCUAGAACUGUAAUUUGCCGAGAUUUGGAUGUUGCUACACGGGUUGCUCGCAGUGAUGGUCUGGACUGCAUAACUAUGGAAGGCGAUCAAGUGAGCAAGAAAGGUGGCAUGACAGGAGGAUUUUAUGAUUAUAGACGCUCAAAACUGAAGUUUAUGAAUGUCAUUAGACAAAAUACGAAGUCUAUUAACAUGAAAGAAGAUGAACUGGAGAAAAUAGACCAGAAAAUUAAUGAAAUUGUUGCUGAGCAGCAAAAAAGUGAUGCCAAGCUGGCUCACGACAGAUCAGAAUUGGAACAGCUUAAGCAGGACAUUGCUAAUGCUGAUAAACAGAAACAAUCCAUUUCUAAAGCACUUGAGAAGAAGGAAAAGUUGCUCGCAAACGUAUUGACUCAAAUUGAUCAGCUUGGAGCUAGUAUGACUAUGAAACGAGAUGAGAUGGGAACAGAACUUGUUGAUCACUUGACACCAGAGGAAAAAGAUUCCCUCUCUCGAUUAAAUCCUGAAAUAACGGAGCUGAAAGAAGAACUUAUUGCCUGCAGGACAAAUCGCGUAGAGACUGAAACAAGAAAAGCGGAGCUUGAGACCAAUCUCUCGACAAACCUUGAAAGACGCAAACAAGAGUUGGAGGCAAUAAAAUUGUCUGCAGAGACUGACAUGUUACAUGGUGAAGCUGAACAGAAGCGACAGGAACUGAAGGAUGCCAAGCUAGUAGUUGAAGAUGUGACACAGCAGCUCAAAAGAGCUUCUGAAAGUAUAGAUGAACGGAAUAAAAAACUCAAGAAGAUCAAAGAUGAGCAGAAUAAGUUAAAGACAUUGGAAGAUGACUAUCAAGGGACCCUUCAGGAUGAAGCAAAAGAACUGGAACAACUGUUGGGUAAAAGAAACAUGCUUGUCACCAAACAAGAAGAGUACUCAAAAAAAAUCAGGGAAUUGGGUCCAUUAUCUUCAGAUGCUUUUGAAACUUCCCUACAGAUAGACCAGAAAAUUAAUGAAAUUGUUGCUGAGCAGCAAAAAAGUGAUGCCAAGCUGGCUCACGACAGAUCAGAAUUGGAACAGCUUAAGCAGGACAUUGCUAAUGCUGAUAAACAGAAACAAUCCAUUUCUAAAGCACUUGAGAAGAAGGAAAAGUUGCUCGCAAACGUAUUGACUCAAAUUGAUCAGCUUGGAGCUAGUAUGACUAUGAAACGAGAUGAGAUGGGAACAGAACUUGUUGAUCACUUGACACCAGAGGAAAAAGAUUCCCUCUCUCGAUUAAAUCCUGAAAUAACGGAGCUGAAAGAAGAACUUAUUGCCUGCAGGACAAAUCGCGUAGAGACUGAAACAAGAAAAGCGGAGCUUGAGACCAAUCUCUCGACAAACCUUGAAAGACGCAAACAAGAGUUGGAGGCAAUAAAAUUGUCUGCAGAGACUGACAUGUUACAUGGUGAAGCUGAACAGAAGCGACAGGAACUGAAGGAUGCCAAGCUAGUAGUUGAAGAUGUGACACAGCAGCUCAAAAGAGCUUCUGAAAGUAUAGAUGAACGGAAUAAAAAACUCAAGAAGAUCAAAGAUGAGCAGAAUAAGUUAAAGACAUUGGAAGAUGACUAUCAAGGGACCCUUCAGGAUGAAGCAAAAGAACUGGAACAACUGUUGGGUAAAAGAAACAUGCUUGUCACCAAACAAGAAGAGUACUCAAAAAAAAUCAGGGAAUUGGGUCCAUUAUCUUCAGAUGCUUUUGAAACGUAA